AUGAAGUUCUUCUCCGUCGCUUCUCUGUUCUUCGCAGGCGCGCUCGCUGCUCCCACCAACCAGUGUGGAGACUGCGACGACCAUCGCGCUCCCGCCUAUGGUCCUCCCGCUGGCCAUGGCGGCUAUCCUGGCUACGGCAGCCCGGGUUAUGGCGGCAGCCCCUGGAACGGCGGCAACCCUUGGAACGGCGGCAACAACCCUGGUGGCAACAACCCGGGCGGCAACAACCCGGGCGGCAACAACCCGGGCGGCAACAACCCGGGCGGCAACAACCCUGGUGGCAACAACCCGGGCGGCAACAACCCGGGCGGCAACAACCCGGGCGGCAACGGCAAUAACGGCGGUGGCAAAAUUUGCCCUGGCGGUCUUUACAGCAACCCUCAGUGCUGUGGCACCGAUGUCCUCGGUGUUCUAGACCUUGGUUGCUCGACCCCUUCUUCCCGCCCUUCAGAUGGCGACGACUUCAAGAGCAUCUGCGGCAAGUCGGGAAAGUCUGCCAAGUGCUGCGUCAUCCCGGUGGCCGGCCAAAGUGUGCUUUGCCAGGACGGUUAA